UUGCGCGAAAAAACACAAAGCGAUAAAAGCCGAAAAUCGAAAUAAAAGGAUGUUUCUGUAAUAACUAAUAAUGGGGGUCCCGGUGGGUCGCGUGGCUCCCGGUCGCUGGGGUGUUGAACUAGGGUCGGAGCUGAGGUCGGCCAGCAGUCGGACGACACGUAGCCGUUGUAGGAGAGAGAGAGCACGUCCCUGGAUCAAUGGGUGUGCGAGUGAGAGGCUGUGCUAAGCCCUGGAGUGGACCUGAUUUACAUAGGAGGCCCGUAGCACCGCACGACACGAGUGGUCCUGGCGCGUCUGCAGGCAGAGAUAGAGCACCGCUCUCUUCGUUGGCUGAGAGCCCUUUAGCCGGCUGAGAGGGGUCCUCUCUGCCCCUCUCCUGCACAUCCAUCCCCGUCGGGGAACAAUCCUCUCCGGUAAAUUAUACCUUCUGUCUCUCCCUCUCUCUAUUGCAAUUGUACAUUAUGCAGGGUUGUCGUUCGUUGCCUUGCCUUCCGAUUGGCCGUGCCACUUAGUAAUUACCGACUGAUACUAAGUGGAGUAUAGAUAUAUUAUAUAUAGAUAAUAUUUCUAUGCACCCAUUGAUGAGUAUGCUUUGGAAGAUAGCCCACUUAGUGCGGCCGGUGGAGGUAAAUGGCGGUCAGACAUCAGGCACCGCGUUGUAAACAGCUCGGCUCUGGCUCCAUCAGGGGCCUUGGAUCGCCUCCCGCGGUGGGAAAGAGCAGAGGGAGGUAGUGAGGGGGGGAGGUAGGGAGGGGGCGGGGGGGGGGGUAGAUAUAGAAUUAUGGAAUAGUAAAUGGCGGGGCUUGAUACACGCUGGAGGCGGUUUCAGGGGUACCAUAAUCAAUAUUGUUUUUAACCAAAAUAAAAGUUGUUUAUUUAUAAAUGGAAUGUAAGGAAUGAAUAGCUUUAAGCACAUGCACACAUACAAACGCAUGCACGCACACAUACACGCAUGCACGCACGCACACAAGUAUGCCCUUGCACAUGCACACGUACACACACAUGCCCGCGCGCAGAAUGCAUAUCUCCAAUAUGUUUUCCUGUGGCUUCUUGCUGCCAGCCUUAUUAGGUCAUGGCUCUAAAGCUGUUCUCUUCUCCCAGGAACACAUUUGUGGGACAAAAUAUCAAAAUACUUCCUGUCUAACGUACCCCCCCAUCCCCUCCGCCCCCCACCCAGGAAGGAGGAGAGGUGUCCGACCCCCGAGAACACAUCCGGUGGCAAUGUUUACCACAGGUGUGAGGGGGGGAAGAGAUCUCUCAGUUUACCAACAACUCGUCUCAGAAGGGUGAAAGGGUGAAAGGGUAAAAGUGUGAAAUAGAUCUCUCAGUUUAUUCACUACAGUUUCAGAGAUGUGAAAGGAUUAAAGCAAUCUCAGUUUAUUAAUUGUAUGCUCUCAGAGAUGUGAAUGAGCGAAAUAGAGCCCUCACUAUAUUAACUACAUAUUCUGAGAUAUGUGUGAGGGUGAAUUGUCCCUCACUAACUACAGUCUCAGAGAUGUAUGAGGAUGAGGGAGAUCUCUCACUACUAACUACAUAGUCUCUCAGAGGGGAAAGGGUCAAUGGUCCCUCACUUUACUAACUAGGGUCUAAGGGGUGUGUGAGAUCUCUCACUGUACUAACUAGAGUCUAAGGGGUGUGUGAGAUCUCUCCCUGUACUAACUAGAGUCUAAGGGGUGUGUGAGAUCUCUCACUGUACUAACUAGAGUCUAAGGGGUGUGUGAGAUCUCUCACUGUACUAACUAGAGUCUAAGGGGUGUGUGAGAUCUCUCCCUGUACUAACUAGAGUCUAAGGGGUGUGUGAGAUCUCUCCCUGUACUAACUAGAGUCUAAGGGGUGCGUGAGAUAUCUCACUGUACUAACUAGGGUCUAAGGGGUGUGUGAGGGUGAAGGAGAUCUCUCACUGUACUAACUAGGGUCUAAGGGGUGUGUAAGGGUGAAGGAGAUCUCAGCCUCUGAUCCGGCCCUUCCAGAUUCCUGGAAUAUUCGGGAUGCCUCUGUCGGAUACAAGACAUAAAUUAAACUCACAUUAUUCAUCGUAAACCCCUCCCUGGUACCUGACAACGUGGGCAGCCAUUUUGAACUAUAAACCUGUUAAGUAGGAAUUAGAGGAACAUUCAGAGUAUGAGGUCCAUAUACUCCUGCUAGCUGCCUGUGCCAGCGGAGCUAUGGUCUAGACGUGGCUGAGGUCUCUGGCUGUGUCCCGCCUUGUAUCUCGCUCUGUAGUCACCGCUCCAUCUGGUUGUAUCCACUACAUCUGCCCCCACACUGCAGACACCCGCCCCACGCCAGCUGCUUCCUCUCUACAUGGGUGCAGAAGCUCCCCAGCCUCCCUCCCCUCAUCGUCCUCCCCUCCUUGCGCUUAUUGUACGUCUCCUCCUCUCUCUGCUCUGUCAGCGUCCGGAGAGCGCUCACAUUGGGACGCCCGCAGACCGAGAGCAGAAGCGAGACACUCAGCUUUUCUACUUCUUUUUUCGUGGUUUUGUUUUUUGUUUCGCUGGAUGAUGCAUUCCUGAUUGCGUUAGGGAGAAGUGGUGAGCCAUUUGGUGAGGGUUUGACUGGCCGGUCAGAGUGAAGAGCUCACUGUGUUGUACAGGAGUACAUCUGAAGUUCUACGGCUGUUUCGGACCACUUUCCACCCCUGACGUCCCACCACAAGGAGCACUUCAUUCUAACUGGGCUCGGACAGGGCCGUACUCGCUGAAAAGGAAACCAAAACAACGUCCCAAAAAAGACAAUGAGCCUCUUGUUGUCCACGGCGACCACCGGCAGCGUGAUCGCGACCACGAACGCGACCAACAGCAGUGGGAAGUGUGUGGACAUCGAGGACAGCAUCAUCAGCGACCUGCUCAUGGGGCUGUACAUCCUGGUCUUCAUCUUCGGCCUGACCUUCAACGUUCUAACCCUGGGGCCCAUCAUCCAGCAGGUGAGGAGCCGGAACGUCCUGGGCAUCUUCCUCCUCAACCUGUCCCUGUCCGACCUGCUCUUCAUCCUCACCAUGCCGCUUUGGAUCAACUACUACUACCACAACCACCGCUGGGGGCUGAGCGUGCUGUCCUGCAGCAUCGCCGGCUUCUUCUACUACUCCAACAUGUACAUCAGCAUCUUCCUGUUGUGCUGCAUCUCGGUGGACCGCUGCCUGGUGGUCACCUUCCCGCUCCGCUUCAAGACGAAGCGCACGUCCUGCUACGCCUGGAUGGCCUGCCUGACGGUCUACGCGGUGGUGGUGGUGCUGCACAUCAUGGUGCUGGUGAAGGACAACCUGACGGACGCCCACGACGAGCGCAACGACAACGACCGCUGCUACGAGACCUACCCCAUGCAGGCCCCCGUGGCGCUCUUCAACCUGCUGCGCGUGGGCCUGGGCUUCUUGCUGCCGCUGCUGGUGCUGGGGGUCAGCUACUGGAAGGUGCUGGCCACGGUGGGCCAGAGCCCCGGCCUCAGUGCCCAGGGCAAGAGGAAGGUGAGGCUGCUGUCCUUCGGCGUCAUCGGCAUCUUCUCUAUCUGCUUCGCGCCGUACCACCUGCUGCUGCUGGCGCGCUCGCUGGCCUACUACCUCAGCCCGGACACCAAGCCCCAGGGGAGCUACUGCUCCUUCGAGCAGAUCAUGCACUUCCCCUUCUCCUGCACGCUGGCCCUGUCCAGCCUGAACUGCGUGGUGGACCCCGUGCUCUACGUGCUGGUCAGCAACGGUGUGAGGGAGGAGGUGAAGUUCUGCUGGAGGCGGCACAAGAAGACCCCGGCCAGCGCCACCUGCUCCCUGAACCGCUACACCAGGACCACCGCCACCCCCAACCUCAUCUGACCCCCUAGAGGACCCCCACCUCCAGCCUCAUCUGACCCCCUAGAGGAACCCCACCUCCAGCCUCAUCUGACCCCUAGAGGACCCCCACCUCCAGCCUCAUCUGACCCCCUAGAGGACCCCCACCUCC